AGGGAAGUGCGCGCGAGGGGCCACCCCGGAGAAGGUGGCGCUUCUCCCGCGGGCUUGGGGCGUCGCGACCGCCUCCCGGGGGCCCGAGGUCGAGCCAGAGCGUCUCCCCGCGCCCGGCCAGCCCGCAGCGCGUCCGAUCCCCGAGCCCGCCCGCCCGCUGGCGCUCCCGCCGCUGCCCAUGGGCGCCGCCGGCUCCACCGCGCUCGCCCGCCUGGGCCUCCCCGAGCCCGGCCGCGCACGCUGGCUGGGGGUGGCCGCGCUGGGGGUGGCCGCCGUCACCCUGGGGGCCGUGGCCUGGCGCCGCGCGCACUCCCGGCGGCGCCGGCGGCUGCAGCAGGUGGGCACCGUGGCGCAGCUCAGCAUCUACCCGCUCAAGUCGUGCAAGGGGGUGCGGGUGAACGAGGCCGAGUGCACGGCCCUGGGGCUGCGCAGCGGCCACCUGCGGGACAGGUUCUGGCUGGUGAUCAAGGAAGAUGGAAGCACGGUGACCGCCCGGCAGGAGCCCCGCCUGGUGUUGGUCUCCAUCACCGCCGAGGGCGACCGCCUGGUCCUCAGCGCCCCGGGCAUGGACCCGCUGGCUCUGCCCAGCAAGCUGCCCUCGUCCAACUCGGUUCAGAACUGCAGGAUAUUCGGCCUCGACAUUCAGGGCCGGGACUGUGGUGAUGAGGUGGCUCAGUGGUUCACCAGCUACCUGAAGACGGGAGCCUUCCGGCUGGUCCAGUUCGAAAAGAACAUGAAAGGCAGGAUUUCCAAGGAUAUCCUCCCUGCUAUCAAGAAGAAAUACCAGGUGGCGUACCCAGACUGCAGCCCUGUCAUGAUUCUCUCGGAGGCCUCCCUGGCUGACCUCAACUCCCGGCUGGAGAAGAAGGCCACGAUGGAUCAUUUCCGGCCCAACAUCGUGGUGACGGGGUGUGACGCCUUCGAGGAGGACACCUGGGAGGACCUGGUCAUCGGCAGCGUGGAGAUGAAGAAGUCCAUAGCGUGUCCCAGGUGCAUCAUGACCACCGUGGACCCGGACACCGGCGUGAUCGACAGGAAGGAGCCUCUGGAGACCCUGAAGAGCUACCGGCUGUGUGAUCCCUCUGAGAGGUCCAUCUACAAGUCGUCCCCUCUUUUUGGAAUCUAUUAUUCAGUGGAGAAAAUAGGCAGCCUGAAAGUGGGAGACCCUGUGUACCGGAUGGUGUAGCGGCCACCCGCGGGGAUGAUGGGCGAUGCUCAUCCUUGCUCUAGGCCCGGUGCCCGGAGGCCCGUCAGGGACAGCUUGCGCACAGCUGCUCGUCUUGUCAGCCGUGGACCAGUUUUGCCUCAGACAUGAAGAUUCUGUUUUUGAUUCUGUUGGAAUUAUGCAUGCUUCAAAUGAAUGCAAGAAAAGGCUUAGAGGUGAUUUGGGAAUAAGGAGAUGAACAGAUGGUGGGUAAUGAAGACUUUUAAAUAACUAGUAUUGCCUAGAAAAUGAUCUCACAUGGGCUGGAGAGAUAGCACAGCAGGUAGGGUGUUUGCCUUGCACGCGGCCGACCCAGGUUCGAUUCCUAGCAUCCCAUAUGGUCCCCCGAGCACUGCCAGGAGUAAUUCCUGAGUGCAAAGCCAGGAGUAACCCCUGAGCAUCGCCAGGUGUGACCCAAAAAGCAAAAAAAAAAAAAAAAAAAAAAAGAUCUCACAUGUUCCUGUAGCUCGUCCAUUUCUCCAAGACCUGCCAAUGACAUUGAGGCGUAAAGAGUGUAUAAAGAAUCAACUGAAAGCUACAAAGAAGAGCUUUGAGUGUCCAUAUUGUAUUUACUCACCAUCCAGUGUUGUGGCCAAGUGAGAAGCAGAAGGUUUUCUGAUGUGUCUUAACAUAUCACAGAGGGGGGACUUUCCACUAAAGCUUCUGACACCACUCCCUCCCUUCCCCAUUAUGGGUCAGGUUGUGUAUGAGUAGGAAAUUGGAAAUUAUUGACUAAACCUUGCUUCGUAUAUUCAAUUACUCCUCAGUUAAGCCACAUCCAAGGGAGUUGGGGCACCCCUGAGCUGGUGCAGGGUACGGGAGACAGGGCUGAGGAUGGGAUUUUCACAACAGGAAUGGCAGGAGGAGGGAGUGAGAGCAUAUCUUCUAGCUGCCUAGAAUUGUUUGUAACGAAGGGCCAUGACCCUUUGGCCUGCCCUGCCCCAAUGCCUACUACGGGAAUGAAGGACACCCAGGCCCCAGCUGUUGCUCUGACAUUAAUAAAAGUGAUUCUUGAUUGUG